CCCGAACCAAGCAAGAAAGCAAGCACAUACUUUAACGAUCGUUGGUUAGCACAAAAUGACGAACGACGCGAAGCAAAAAGUUGGCAAUUCAGCCGACAGCGACGCUGAAGAAGAGGAAGACGUCUUCCACGAUGCCCGCUUCCCCGCUGAAGAAGAAACGCGACUCCUGGAAGAGUCGCAGUCCAUCAAAGCCGAAGCCAACAAACUCUUCACAGCUGCUUGCUAUGACCAAGCCAUCUCCUGCUACGACCGCGCCCUCGCCUCAUGCCCCAACUACCUCGACUACGAGGUCGCCGUUUUGCGAAGCAACAUGGCUGCCUGUUACUUGAAACUCGAAGACUGGAAAGCGUCGGUGGACUCCGCGACCGCCUGCAUCGACCGCCUGGAUAAAGUGAUCCCUUCCUCGACAGAGACAGAUGCGAAGAGCGCCAAGGGAAAGCAGCAAGAGUCGAGCGACGGAGACGCCGUGGUCGAGAUAACAGGGGACGAUGAAGAAGCCGAGGAGGAGCUGAAACGGCUACAGAAGCUGGACGAUAGGAAACGUGAUGUCAUGCGUAUCCGAGCAAAGGCGCUUAUGCGACGCGCGCGGGCGAAAAUGCAACUAGGCGGUUGGGGGAACUUGCAGGGGGCCGAAGAGGACUACAAGGAACUGGCUGGGAUGGAUAAUCUUCCAGCGGAUGAUAGACGAGUAGUCCAGAAGGCACUCCGAGAAUUGCCUGCGAAGAUAACUCAGGCGCGGGAGAAGGAGAUGGGGGAGAUGAUGGGGAAGCUGAAGGAUCUCGGAAAUGGGAUCCUUAAGCCAUUUGGCCUGUCGACGGAUAACUUCAACUUUGUGCAAGAUCCAAAGACGGGUGGAUAUAGCAUGAACUUCCAGUCUGGUUAAUCGCCGAGCGAGUUAAGCGUCACAUUGCAUUGCGGAGUUUGGGACCAUAUAGCUGAGCGAAGUACAAUUGGAUGUAAUUUCACAAGCAGGGAGCUUUCUAUUAGAAGGAGAUAUCGAAUUUAGAUAUCCUACAGAGGAAGAAAGGAAGAAGUAAGAAGACGAAGACAUUCCUUGAUAAUGUUCCUCUAAGGUAGGUAGAUU